AUGACAAGAAAUUUUCCUCAGUUCGGAGCUGCGAAGAGCGUAGUGUUAAAUAGGCCGAGUGAACUAAAAAAAGCCUCACCCCAGCUGAUUGUCUAUACAAUUUGGGAUACUGCUCGCUUCAAACCACACCACGUCUUCACAAUAAAAAUGGAUGUCAUUGUACGACGUCGUCGAAUCGAAACAACCGUGGUAGCCCCGCACUGCUACCACAAAUAUGGAAACCACCACACCGCAAAAAAGGUCUCUACAGUGUCGCUUGGACAGUGGGCCUGCCUUGAGCAGUUGAAUUACAUCUGCUGUCUCCCGAAUCGUUGUUCCGUAAAUGAUGUUGAUGAAACGGCCCGUUCUCUUAUGCAGGCAAUGUUUGACGCAGUAAAGGUAAUUACAAUGGAUCUCAAUACCGGGAUAUGUCGAGUGGCCUGGCAACGGUUCCCUUUGUCUGCACCAUGUUCUUGUAGCAUUGACUACGUUAUCUGUUGUUUCGCGAUCACGCUCGAUUGCAAAGGUGCUGGCGAUAUUGGAAGGAAAAUCUGUGUCACGAUAUUACAGCAUUGGACAUGA